GAAAACGUCAAAUAGUGGCGCAUGCGUAUUUUCAUUCAAUGAGAUGAUAAUGCAAGUGGAAAAAAGUUUUACACAAGUUUUAUAAUUUCAUUUUAUAAAUAAAAUAUAAAUAAUUUAAGGUUUCAUUUUUUUUUCAAAAAUGGGAGUAUCGGGAAAAACAGUUGAAGCCAUGGACGUCGAAUUGACAGUAGACGCAGUUAAUGGAGAAUCAGGUGAUACAACCGAGAAGAAGGACAAUGAUUUAUUAAUAAUUCAAGAUUUACGUGAACACAUUCGUCAAAUUGAACGUGCCGUACAAAAUAAAGAGCCACGUUUUAUUCUUCGUGCAUUGCGUGCAUUACCAAAUACUCGUCAUAAAUUAAAUCCAGUUGUUCUUCGUGGUAUUGUCGGUGGUUUUUUUACACGAUCAGCAACUGAACGUGAUGCGCUUCUUGCUUGGAUUGAAGAGCCAAUGGACACUGAGGGUACACAGGCUGCAAUUCAAAGAUUUCGUAGUUCCGCUUUGCCACUUCUUCCUGAAAUUGAUGCCUAUAUUCAUCUUUUGAUUCUCGUUAAAUUAAUUGACACAAGAAAAUAUAAUGAGGCAGUUCAAUGUUCUGAAACAUUGGUGCAAAAAAUUGUUGCACAAAAUCGUCGUUCAAUGGAUUUAAUAGCGGCAAAAUGUUAUUUUUAUCAUUCGCGCGCUUAUGAAUUAACAAAUCAACUUGAUAAAAUACGUAGUUUUCUUCAUUUACGUUUACGUACGGCAACAUUGCGUAAUGAUUUUGAAGGACAAGCGGUAUUAAUUAAUUGUCUAUUGAGAAAUUAUCUUCAUUAUAAUCUUUAUGAUCAGGCCGAUAAACUUGUUCUUAAAUCAACAUUUCCUGAAUCGGCGAGCAAUAAUGAAUGGGCACGUUUUCUUUAUUAUUUGGGUCGUAUUAAAUCGGCGAGACUUGAAUAUUCAGCGGCACAUAAAUAUUUAGUUCAAGCAAUGCGUAAAGCACCACAAACAACGGCAGUUGGCUUUCGUCAAACUGUACAAAAACUUGCUGUUACAGUUGAACUUUUAUUGGGUGAUAUUCCAGAGAGGCAAAUAUUUCGUCAAGCAGCAUUGCGUCGUGCAUUAGCUCCUUAUUUUCAAUUAACACAAGCCGUACGUUUGGGUAAUCUUCAACGUUUUGGUGAAGUACUUGAAAAUUUUGGACCACAAUUUCGUGCCGAUCAUACAUUUACAUUGAUUUUACGAUUGAGACAUAAUGUCAUUAAAACAGCGAUACGUUCAAUUGGACUUUCAUAUUCAAGAAUUUCACCAGCUGAUAUUGCACAAAAAUUGGGUCUUGAUUCGGGUGUUGACGCUGAAUUUAUUGUCGCCAAAGCAAUUAGAGAUGGUGUUAUUGAGGCGACACUUGAUCCUGAGAAUGGAUAUAUGCGCAGCAAGGAAACAACUGAUAUUUAUUGUACGCGCGAGCCAUUACUUGCAUUUCAUCAGAGAAUUACAUUUUGUCUUGAUUUACAUAAUCAAAGUGUAAAAGCAAUGAGAUAUCCACCAAAAUCUUAUGGUAAAGAUCUUGAAUCGGCGGAGGAACGUCGUGAACGAGAACAACAGGAUCUUGAACUUGCUAAGGAAAUGGCAGAAGAGGAUGACGAUGGUUUUCCUUAAAAUGUGGAUUUUUUUUUUAAAUUUUCAUUACUUUAACAUUGUACUCUUUUUUUUUUUUCUUUAAUAAUUUGCAAUAAUUAUAAUGAUAAUAAUAACAUGUUUCAAAUUU